UCCCUCCGGGUUUACACUUGGAAUGUUGUUUUUCUCCUCCUGAGACAGUAAAGUGUGGCACAAUGGAGCACUUCUUCACAAGGAAGAAUACCACGUGGCAAAGGGAAAGUGAAAUAUGGUCUGAACAGGACAAGAGUAUUUGGAAAGAGACUGGUUGGCACUUUGGUAGAAGUAUGCACUGGGCCUGUCUUGGUGGUGAAUGCAGGAAAGCGACUUAAGGUAGUCUGAAAUUCUUCAUAAAUGGUUGGUGUUACUUUGUUGAAGCAACAGAGGCAGGCCCAGAGGCAGAGGUGAAGCGAGCAAGACAGGAGUUCUCCCGGGCAGCAGGGGGCAGCAGCAGACAUGCAGGACUCUGCCUCAGACAGCAAGAUGGCCAAACAGGAACAGAACUCCAAGCAUCUGGAUGAACACAGAGAAACAGACGAAAUGUCUGAGAAGACGUCGCCAAACAAGAACCUCAAAUCUCCCCAGAAAGGCUCCAAACGACUUAAAACCAUCCCCUUCAAAGUGACCCUGCUGGACUCCUCUGAGUUUGAAGGAGAAAUUGAGAAACACUCAAAAGGACAGACCCUGAUGGAUAUGGUGUGUGAGCACCUCAACUUGCUGGAGAAGGACUACUUUGGUCUUACCUUUGCUGACACAGACACCCAGAAGAACUGGUUGGACCCCUCCAAGGAGAUCAAGAAGCAGAUGCGCAACUCUCCAUGGCACGUCGCCUUCGCUGUCAAGUUCUACCCUCCAGACCCCUCUCAGCUCACAGAGGAUAUUACCAGAUACUACCUGUGUCUGCAGCUGAGGGAUGACAUGCUGUCAGGUCGGCUGCCAUGCUCGUUCGUCACUCAUGCCCUCCUGGGCUCCUACACUGUUCAAGCUGAGCUGGGAGACUACGACCAGGACGACCACGGCUCUGACUACGUCAGCGAUUUCCGCUUUGCCCCCAAUCAGACUCGAGAGCUGGAGGAAAGGGUGAUGGAGCUCCAUCGAAACUACAAGGGGAUGACUCCAGCAGAGGCUGAAAUGAACUUCUUGGAAAAUGCAAAGAAAUUGUCCAUGUAUGGCGUUGAUCUGCAUCACGCUAAGGAUUCUGAAGGGAUUGAUAUAAUGCUGGGUGUCUGUGCCAACGGUCUGCUGAUUUACCGUGACAGGCUGAGGAUCAACCGCUUUGCCUGGCCAAAGAUCCUUAAAAUCUCUUAUAAGAGGAGCAACUUUUACAUCAAGAUACGACCUGGAGAGUACGAGCAGUUUGAAAGUACAAUUGGUUUUAAGCUUCCCAACCACAGAGCUGCCAAGAGGUUGUGGAAGGUCUGCAUUGAGCAUCACACCUUCUUUCGGUUGGUAUCUCCAGAGCCUCCUCCUAAGGGCUUCUUGGUGAUGGGUUCAAAGUUUCGAUACAGUGGAAGAACACAGGCUCAAACCAGGCAGGCCAGUGCACUUAUAGACCGGCCUGCUCCACACUUUGAGCGCUCCACCAGCAAGAGGUAUCUGCUGUCCAGGAGCCUGGAUGGAGCAGAAUUCUCUCGGCCGGUCUCAGCCAUGUGUGAGAACCACGAUGGCCUGUCCCACCGCAGCAUCAGUGAACAGCGUCGCCUCCACAGCCCCUCUGUAGAUGAACAGGAGACAGAGUUGGAGCCCAGUUUGGAGCAGGAUGAGGAGGACAAGGACCAAGAGCGCGACCUGUCAGAGCAGGACAAAAACGACGACGGCAACAUCACGCCAAACAGAAAGAAAGAGAUCAUGGAGGAGGCUGGGUCACCAGUUGACAGUAAACAGGAGCUCUCUCAGUUGGACCAGGAGGCCACUCCUCGGCACAAACAGGAGUUUCUGGAUAAGUCUCAGGAUGUCUUGCUGAAGCACCAGGCCAGCAUCAACGAGCUGAAGAGAGCCCUCAGGGAACCCAACAGCAAGCUGAUGAACCGCGAGAAGCGUCUGUCCGCAACCUCCCCGACCGGCACACCAGAGAAGAAGGCUUUGGUGGGUCGAGUAGUGGGAAAGGACCCUGUUAACAGCCUGUCUGUUGAAGGUUUCAUCCAGAAGACUCUGGUGACUUCACCUGAGGGAUCUGAGGAGUGGGUAUUGAUUGAAAAACAACAGCCUUAUCAACGAGACCAUGACUGGAAGGCAGAAGAAAAGAACAAAUCUUUCACAUCUGAUUCCUCAUGGGAGACAAAGGAGCUGGAAAAAGAGAUAGAUGUUACUAAGAUGAUACAUAAAGAGGAGCCUGUCUCUACUCCUGCCAUUUAUGAAGAGCCGUUUGCUGAUUUCAAGGAGGGGCUCGGGGACAGAAAGCCCCAGCCAAGUGUAGCCCCUGAGGAAGAACAGGAGCGGGACACUGUGACCUGCAUGAGGGAAACUCACCUGGGCAUUGAGCGCAAGUGCUCUAGCAUGACGGUCAGCUCCACGUCCAGUCUGGAGGCUGAGGUCGACUUUACAAUCAUCACAGAUCUCCACUCUGGUGUGGAGGACUUCUCUAAAGGCUUGUUGGACCUGGGAGAGAGGGAGCGACAGCCUGAGGUGGGACGGGAGGACUUUGAGGAAACCUCCAGAUUCUACUCUGCCCGUCUAAUGGGCUCCCGGGACAAGUCUCCUAUAGAGGAGAAGCUUCCUGAGGGAACACAUCAUGAGCCUCCUGUGGCAAAGAAAGACCCCACUGCUGUAAGCAUGGCCCAUAUGCUGAGGAGGGCUGACACCAAGACGCAGACACAUACGAAUGGAUCAGAGGUCCACCCCCACAUCAUGAAUGUCUCACCGCAGAACUAUGGAGCUGUCAGCCCACAGGAGGCUCCUGCUGCCCUUAAAGAAAAUGGCUCCCCUGUAAAAGCCAGCACCCAGGGGAGGGAGUCUGUUGUGUCCCCACUGACCAUCACCGCUGAGAGUGUCACCUCAGCAACCACAACUCAAGUUACCAAGACUGUGAAAGGAGGCUACUCAGAGACCAGAAUCGAGAAACGGAUUAUAAUCACGGGAGAUGAUGAUGUGGACCAACAUCAGGCCCUUGCCAUGGCAAUCCAAGAGGCCAAGCAGCAGCACCCUGACAUGCUGGUGACAAAAGCAGUGGUUAUCAGGGAAACAGAUUCUCCCACUGAGGAGCUGCAGCAGAAAUCAGAGUCCUGAUUGGUCAUGGUGGCUCCUGAAACAGGGGAGACAGCAGAGGAUCCUCCAGCUGUGUGUCUCCUGCCCCACCUUGCAGUACACCACCAAGAGGACUCUCUAUCCCCACUGUGUAGACACCGACACAAGAACAGACUGCGUUCCAUGACGCAGUCAGUAGAACUACACUCCGAACCCUUUAGACAAACCAACUGUGACCCAGCCUCCCAUUCCAUCCCAACCCAUCCCUCCAGCCCUCCACCUUCUAAUGGAACAGAGAAUAUCUUCUACUGGAUAAUUUACCACUUGGUGUGUUGCAAGAUUAAAAGAGAAACCCAGUCAAUUCUCUUACUAUUUGAAUUCACCUCUGUUAGAAUUUAUUUGAAACUUUACUUGCAUAUUAUUUAAUUUUGACUCAUUUGAACCCUCAAUAUAAUUUAAAUAAAUGAGUUUUAACCCCAGACUCCCCAGCCCCAAAACCUUAAUCCUAAUAAAAUUACUUUCUGUUUUAAGGUCACACAUAUCUUCCCUGUACUACCAUCUCAUAUGAAAUGAAUAUAAAAAAGCAGAGGAUGGUUGAGUGGAAGUAUGGGGACAAUGCUGGUGGUGGGGGGUGGGUUGGGGAGGUUGGUGCCAAGUGGCAAAAGGCAGUCUUUUUGCUCGUUGUUGCCACCUCUUGGCCAUGACACCUUCAGUAUAAUCAGCAGCUGUCUUAUUAGCUUUUUACAUUUUUAUCUAUAGAGAAUCUAAUUUAUGUCCAGUGUUUGCUUGUUUAUGAAAUAUGUAUAAAAUCAGAUGACUAUAAUCUGCAUGAUUCAAUACAAAGAAUAUCUGAGGGAAUGAAAAAAAAUAUGUGAACACAUCCACAUUUGAAAUUCAUAAGAAGCUCUGAUGUGAUGGGACUAAGCACCUACGGAGAAACUGUUGAAAAAAAUAAAAAAUAAAACAACAACAAAAAAAGAAAAAAAAAACACUGGGCCAAUGAGAGGUGGACAAAUAUUAAUGUUGACAGACUCUACUGAAGAAUAUCAGGACAGUUCAGUGGACUACGGAACUCUGCUGUGGUCCAACAUACAAAACGUCACUGUCCUCGUCCUAUUUUUCCCACUUCACCGUUACUGUUUUCAUUUUGGUGUCAACUCGCCAUCAGAAAUGCUGGUCACAUGUUUUGGGCACAGUUAUAAGAUUUGUAGAGAAUUUAUAUGAAUAAUGUUUUAUCUAAUAGGUUUCAGAAAAGUGAUGAUAUGUUUUUACUGUUUUUCUUACUUGAUUUACUGACUUUCACCGUGAAACAGAGUUUAUGUUAUUCUUGUGUUUUUGGACAUUUCAGUUGUCAUAUGCAAACAUGCUGAAAUCGCUCUUUAAUAUCCAGGCCAAGGACUAACUGAUGUUCCUGUCAGUAAUCAAUAGCAUCAUAUCCAUUCCUUGAACCAACUAUAAUUGGCCUCUUCAAGGCAAUGCAACAAACUUUAAACACAACAUUGAUGUAUCUUCACCUAUUAGUAAUCAGUUCUCUUUAAAAAUCCAGCAGAUGCAAGGCUAAAUUACCCUUCAUUUGGAGUCAUAUUUCUGACCACCUGAUGUGUCUGCAAUUUGGUGCUUAGCAGGUUAGCAGGUAGCAUGUAUGUGAUUUAUUAAUACUGGAAACAAGCACACAUAAGAGUGGACCAGUUGCAGACCAUGAAACCAAAACAACAAGCUGAAGAGGCUAAAAUACUUUGCAGAGCUGAGGGAAACCACUCAUUGUAGAGAGCUGGGUGACAAUUCUCUGUAGUUAAUAUUUGCACUUUAUUCAUAAUCAUUUGUCCCACUGUCAAUAUAAAAAUAUUCAGUAUUCCAACUUAAAACCAAGACUUAAUAUGCAGACAUUUGAUUUAUUCAUAAUAUAAAAACACUGGCCAUAGCAACUUGAAACAGCGACUUUAAUAAGCUAUGUUAAAAGAUAUAUUUUCUGGUUUUUGAAUAUGCAUGUUCACCAACGGCUGGGAAAGUUCAAACCCACAAGAGUAACAUGGUUACAUUUUUGUUGUUUUUCUGUUGUAUUAACUCUUUUAAGUUAUGGUGUAUGAGUUUAUAAUUGUAUUUAUAGGAGUGGUGAGUGUGAGGCCUGUGCUUUUCCUCCCUGUUUCCCCUUUCAGACAAAGCCGAGACUCAACGUGUAACACACAUACAUGAAUAUCCACAGAACCUGUUGGCUGUCACGUAACAUAUAUCUUGGAUGACCUUUAAUACUAUACUAUGCAUCACUUAUCAUACAUAAAAAUCCCUCUGAUGGAGCCUGACCCAUGUUAGCUGUGUUGCUGUCAUUGUUAACUUUGUGCUACUGUUAACCGAAAGCAGUGAAGCGCACUGCUUGUGAGAUUUGCAAUAAGCAGCCAUUACUCUUAUCCUCUGUCCUCUAAAGGGAGAAAACUGUGAACUCUCAUGCGUACCGAAGCGUAACCAAAACCUAUAACACACAGUUAGUGAUAUUCAAAGGAGCUUUUCCAGCACUUGUGACCAUGGCUUUGUCAUCCUUGUCGUCUAACCCCCCCCAUCCCCCUGACUUGAAACUGUCGACCUGCUGUUGAUGUGUCUGUGGAAACAAGAGAUUCCCAAUCUGAUGAUUUGUAUAUUCUAUUUUGCUCUAUUUUAUUUUAUCUGGUCAUAUGACACUGGACUGUUGUGAAGGCACUUGCUUGCAAUGAUAGCAGCACAUAUACUGUAAACUGUUGGGAGAAAAAUAGUCUGUCUUCGUUGUAGUAUUGGACACACUACUGAUGGAAGAGAAAUGACUGCAGGCAUCAGGAGAGAAGUCGUGCACUGUGGGCGAGGUGGUGAGUUGAAGGAUGGAGGGCCUGUAUUUAUAUAUAAAUAUCCAUACCUCUGUAGAAAUUGAAAGGAGCAGGGAUGUGUUUUUAGGCUCAAGGGAUGAGGCAGCAAGUAAAAUCCGAAGGACAGCAGAGCAAUAGAAAUGUCACAUGAAUGGGUGCCUUAUGUUUGGAGUCGUGGUUAUGAGAGUCACAGUUAUCAGUGCACAGCUGAAAAUGCCGUUAAUCACCAUAGGGCAGAUGAAGAAAUGACCUCUCCUUUCAGUCCAAGGUGAGCAGGAGU